CUGGAAAAAGAAAAAGGAUCUGAGCUGGCAGAAACAACCUCUUGAGACUUUAUCACCAAGCUUUGAGUCAAAGGUUUGACACUAGUCCCAGGAGAGAGACAGAGUAAGGGAGAAAGAGAGUAAGAGACACAAAGAAAAAAAGUUAGACCCCCUUCUCUGAAUCUUCUACCUGUUCUGAAAAAACUGACUGUUGCAGAAGCUACAACAAAUCAAGAGAAAAGAACAAGGAAGAAUUUUAAUUUUUUCCAUUAUAUUUGCUGUUGCUGCAUGAAACAAGUGAACUGGAAACAUUUUGUUAUGUUUUCAAACUGUGGAAGAGUGUGAUCAACUCCUGCAUGAGACACCCAAGUGAACAAGAUCUGUGAGGAUGGGCAGGUGGAAAAGUUGUAGGAGCCGCAUAAGGUCAUAUUUCUUGCUAUCCGUGGUCUUCAUUUUGCACAGUUUUUCCGUAAACGCAGCCCCUCACAUUGAUGUACUUGAAACUUUAGACUUGAGAGGAAAUAAAGAAGGUGUCACAUAUACUGCAGGAAUAUGUGCCCAUCGGCAAGGAUCAGAAGAAACAGACAUUGCCUACAGGAUAGAAAAGAAAAUCCAGUUCAGUGCUCCAACCAAGCAGAUAUUUCCAGAUGGCCAGUUCCCAAAGGAAUUUUCCAUUUUAAUAACAUUAAAAGCCAAAAAAGGUUCUCAAUUCUUCUUGCUGUCCAUUUAUGAUGAUCAAGGUACCCAGCAGCUUGGUGUAGAGAUUGGUCGAUCGCCUGUUUUCCUCUAUGAGGACCAGACUGGCAGGCCUGCCCCUGAGGACUAUCCCUUCUUCAAAAGGAUUAACUUAGCUGAUGGCAAGUGGCAUCGUGUAGCGAUUAGUGUGGAGGGGAAGAAUGCAACCUUGAUUGUAGACUGCAGUAAACAGCAAACUCGCCCCCUUGCUCGUGGUGACAACCCUGUUAUUAGUACUGCUGGUGUGACAGUAUUUGGCACUCGACUACUGGAUGAGGAGGUGUUUGAGGGUGAUAUUCAGCAGCUGAUUAUUGUACCGGACUCCAGGUCUGCAUAUGAUUACUGCACACAGUUCAUGCCAGGCUGUGACUCACCUUUGACCUAUGCUAUCCAAACUGACUAUUUUGAACCACAAGAUGAGGUUGAAGAUCCUGCUGACAAAAAAAGGACAAAAGAGGCAGAUCCUGAUGAGGAUUAUUACUCAGAAUUGUAUGAAGACAUUCCUCUAGCCACAGUGACUAUUGGCCCAAACAUAACAGAUUAUGAGGAUGUCAUGUUUGAAGAGAGGAACAGCACCAAGCAGCCUGGUGGUGACACUUACUAUGAGUUUGAAGAAUAUGAAAUCCAGGAUUACGAUGACUAUAGAUAUGAGCAUGGAAACCAUAGUGAGGAGAGGUUUGGGCCUGCUGAACGUGAAGAAGCUGAAAGCCAGGAAACACCCAGAAGCCUAGAAAAGGGACAGAAAGGGGAACCUGCCAUUAUAGAACCGGGAAUGAUUACAGCAGGACCUCCUGGAUUCCCUGGACCACCGGGAGUUACAGGACCUGCAGGACCCCCAGGUCUACCUGGCCCACCUGGAGACCCCGGAUACAAGGGUCCUGAAGGAAGACCAGGCCUUGCUGGAGCAGAAGGAAUCCCAGGACCUGCAGGAACAGUGCUUGUGAUUCCAUUCCAGGCUGGUGGUGAUCCACAGAAGGGUCCAGUCAUCUCUGCCCAAGAAGCUCAAGCCCAGGCAAUUCUUCAGCAUGCAAAGCUUGCUAUGAAGGGUCCACCAGGUUCCAUCGGCAUGACCGGAAGACCAGGUCCUGUGGGUUUACCAGGGAUACCAGGUCUGAAGGGUGAUCCAGGUGACCAAGGACCUCAGGGUCCUCGAGGUUUGCAGGGUUCUUUUGGACCACCUGGGAAGUCUGGGAAAAGGGGCCGUGUUGGAGCUGAUGGAGCUAGAGGAGUUCCUGGAGAAACUGGAGAAAAGGGAGACAGAGGUUUAGAUGGAUUGGCUGGCCUUCCUGGAAGCAAUGGGCACAGGGGUGACCCUGGGGCUCAAGGCCCUCCAGGCCCACCAGGUGGCAACGGAGUAAAGGGAUCUGAUGGACUUCCUGGACCACGUGGAUUGCCAGGUGAACCUGGGCCAAUUGGUUUGGUUGGAUCUAGGGGCCCCCCUGGCCCUCCAGGGCAGCUGGGCAUCAGUGGGAUUGAUGGUCCCCCUGGUCCAAAGGGAAGCACGGGUAUUCCAGGUGAGCCUGGACAUACAGGACAGCAAGGGAAUCCAGGACCUCAGGGUUUGAUUGGCCCUCAAGGCCCAAUUGGAUUGCCAGGUGAAAAGGGUCCAACAGGAAGAAAAGGCCUUCAGGGUUUGCCAGGAGCAGAUGGCCCAAUUGGUCACCCUGGUAGAGAAGGUCCUCCAGGUGAAAAGGGAAUCCAGGGUCUUGCAGGUGCCCAAGGUCCUAUUGGAUACCCCGGAGGUCGAGGUGUAAAGGGUGCCAGCGGCCUUCGAGGUUUGAAAGGAAACAAAGGUGAAAAGGGUGAAGAUGGUUUCCCUGGAUUCAAGGGAGAUAUAGGAGUGAAGGGUGAUGAAGGUGAUGCAGGACUUGCCGGACCACGAGGAGAAGAUGGCCCAGAGGGUCUAAAAGGUCAAGCAGGUCCCCUUGGACAGGCUGGACAUCCUGGGCCUGCAGGAGAAAAGGGAGGACUCGGAGUUCCUGGAGUUCCUGGGUAUCCUGGACGUCUAGGCCCAAAGGGAUCUUCUGGUUUCAUUGGAGCAGUUGGCCUGUUUGGAGAGAAAGGGAAAAGGGGAGCAGCGGGCACUGUUGGUACCACUGGACAGAGAGGUGCAACGGGUCCCCGUGGCGGAAGAGGAAAGAAAGGUCCUACUGGUAAACCUGGGUCAAAGGGAACUCCAGGCAAUGACGGAGCAGCAGGAAGUCCUGGAGAAAAAGGACCUCAAGGACCCCAGGGCCCAGUUGGACUUACAGGUCCUAAAGGAGUAGCGGGAAUUCCAGGGAAAGAUGGACUACCAGGACACCCUGGACAGAGAGGAGAACCAGGAUUUCAAGGAAAGACUGGACCUCCAGGACCAACAGGUGUCAUUGGACCACAGGGUAAAUCAGGAGAGACUGGUCCAGUUGGUGAGAGAGGACACCCUGGUGCUCCUGGACCUCCUGGGGAGCAUGGACUUCCAGGAGCUGCUGGGAAAGAAGGAAGCAAAGGUGAUCCUGGCCCUGCAGGAGUUCCUGGAAAAAAUGGACCCCAAGGUUUACGUGGAUUUCCAGGUCAAAGAGGAGUGGCUGGUGCAAAUGGAGCUGCUGGUUUGAAAGGUGGAGAAGGCCCGACAGGUGGUCCUGGACCAAUAGGUGCUCCUGGAGAGCGUGGCCCCCCUGGUGUAGCUGGUGCCAUUGGCUUAUCUGGUCGUCCAGGUCCUGAAGGUCCUCCUGGUCCUGCUGGUGAAAAAGGUGCUCCAGGUGAGAAGGGCCCAAUUGGCCCUGCAGGACAAGAUGGAGAACAAGGCCCUGUGGGGCCACCAGGCCCAGCUGGAGCACCAGGGCAUGCAGGUGAAGAUGGUGACAAGGGAGAGAUGGGCGAACCUGGUCAGAAAGGAAGCAAGGGUGUCAAAGGAGAUCUGGGCCCUGCAGGAUCUCAAGGACCUCCGGGUCCAGUUGGUCAGCCUGGUACUCCGGGUUUGGAAGGAAUUCCAGGGCCACCAGGUCAACAAGGUAUGUUUGGACAAAAAGGUGACGACGGUCCGCGGGGAGUACCUGGUAUAGCUGGACCCAUUGGACUUCAGGGAAUGCCUGGACCUCCUGGUGAGAAAGGUGAAAGUGGAGAUGUUGGCCCUAUGGGACCCCCAGGUGUUCCUGGUCCCAGAGGACCUCAAGGUCCAAGUGGUGGUGAUGGGCCUCCAGGUAUGAUAGGUGGUGCAGGGCAGCCUGGCACUGUUGGUGAAAAGGGUGAAGAUGGAGAAUCAGGGAACCCUGGAAAUUCUGGAGAGCCAGGCAUUGCAGGUCCCAAGGGUGAGCUUGGAGAAAAAGGUGACAGUGGACUUUCUGGUGCUGCUGGUGUUCCUGGUCUGAAAGGACCUCCAGGUGAAGAUGGACGUAAAGGUGACCCAGGACCUAUUGGUUUCACUGGGGACCCAGGUUCACCAGGGGAGCCCGGACCACCUGGAGUCGAUGGAGGUCCUGGUGAGAAAGGAGAUGACGGAGAGCCUGGUUUAACUGGCCCUCCAGGAGCAUCUGGAGAACCAGGACCCCCCGGACCCCCUGGAAGAAGAGGGCCUGUGGGUCGAAAAGGUGCUGAUGGGAAGCAAGGCUUGAAAGGCAAUAAGGGAGAACUUGGCACAAAAGGCUCCCCAGGGAAGACAGGUCCUGUAGGUGCUCAAGGCCCACCAGGCAAACCUGGAACAGAUGGUCUUCGAGGAAUUCAUGGGUCUGCAGGUGAGCAAGGACUUCCUGGACCCCCUGGACAAAGUGGACCCCCAGGACCCAUGGGUCCUACUGGUUUGCCUGGGUUAAAAGGGGAUCCUGGAAAUAAAGGUGAAAAGGGCCACGUAGGACUGAUUGGCCUCAUUGGGCCACCUGGUGAAAUGGGUGAGAAAGGAGACCAAGGAUUGCCAGGAAACCAAGGACCAGAAGGACCCAAAGGUGACCUGGGUGUUGUUGGACCUCCUGGCCCUGAUGGUCCCCCAGGCACAUCCGGCUUAGUUGGUCCAAUGGGACAGAAGGGGUCUAAAGGAGCACCUGGUGUAGUUGGCAUUCGAGGGGAAGCUGGAAAACCAGGACCUCCAGGACCACCGGGUCGUGCAGCUGAGGUUAUAGAACCAUUACCAGUUCGACAUCCAGAAACUGGCCAAGAUGACUCAGACAUGGAGUUGUUGGAUGAGGCCAAUGACAUUGCUGCUUAUUCAGCUGGAAUGGAGGAAGUCUUUGCCUCCCUUGGCUCUCUGAAAGUAGAGGUUGAACAAAUGAGACGGCCAGUAGGGACACAAGAAAGUCCUGCUCGGACAUGCAAAGACCUCCUUAUGUGCCAACCAGACUUCAAAGAUGGUGAAUACUGGAUUGAUCCAAAUGAAGGCUGUGCAAGGGAUUCCUACAAAGUGUUCUGCAACUUCACAGCAGGAGGAGAAACCUGCCUUUUUCCUAGCAAGAAAUCAGAAUCAAUUAAACUUUCGUCUUGGCAGAAGGACAAACCAGGAUCAUGGUACAGCAGCUUUAAACGUGGAAGACAGUUCUCAUAUGUGGAUUCUAAUGACAAUCCAGUCCAUAUCGUGCAGCUAUUAUUUCUUAAGCUACUGAGUGCAACAGCCAGACAAACCUUCACCUAUAAUUGCCUGGAGUCGACUGCUUGGUACGAUGCAAUUUCCAACAGCUAUGAUAGGUCGCUACGCUUCUUGGGUGCUGAUGAUGAGGAGAUGUCGUACAGUAAGACGCCAUACAUCAAUGUGAUCUAUGAUGGCUGCAAGUUCCGAAAAGGUUAUGAAAGAACAGUGAUUGAAAUUGCAUCUCCAAGAGCUGUCCAUCUUCCUAUCAAAGAUGUGUCUGUGUCCGACUUUGGUGAUCGGAGCCAGAAAUUUGGAUUCGAACUUGGCCCAGUCUGCUUUAAUGGCUAAUGCCUUAGGGCUUUAGAGCAAUAUUCUUUAGCUCUCUGAAUUGCCACAGGCCACAUUUAUCUAUGUUGUUUUGUUUUCUCACUGUGACAGGGUGUGAGGUACAGAAUAAUAUGUAUAUUUUUGUAAAUAGAUGUUUCACCCUUGUAGGGUCUGGAAAAGCUGUUAUGACUUUGGAGCUACCUGUGUAGGAAGUUCAGUGUUUAUACUUGUAGGUCAUUUGCUAGCUUUGUUUUUUUUAAUUAUUUCAAUAAACAUAAGAGUAAAUUGAAAAACAGUGUCACUCACCAAACAGAAAUGUCAUGUUAAAGGGAAACAGGUGUCAUGGAAUGAAGUAUACACUGUCAUAACAAACUCUAACUACCCAACUGCUAUAACUAGCAAGAAGAUAACAUUCGCAGCUGUAACGAGCAUCAUUUCCCCCCUUCUUUGUCAUUAAUUUUGUUUGGUGCUUUUAUUUUUCAUUGGUUAAGGCAUCACUGUUCAUGUAAUGCAUAUAUUAGGCAGGUGUAUAUACACACACACACACACACACACACACACACACACACACACACACACACACACACACACACACACACACACACACACACACAGCAGUGUAAUGCAUACAUUAGGCAUGUCUGCGCCCACAUAUACACACACACCGUGGCCAUAAGCAUCCAUUAGAGACACACACACACACAUACACACACACACACACACACGCACACACACACACACACACACACACACACACACACACACACACACACACACACACACACACACACACACACAGAGCAGUCUAAUGCAUACAUUAGGCAUGUGGGCACCCACACAUCCACACAAACACACACACAGCAGUCUAAUGCAUACAUUCGGCAUGUGCACGCCCACACAUACACGUGCACUCA